CCAACCGCAACGGCGUCGUAUUACAACUCGGAUAAGUCUCUAUUCUGUGAGAACCGAAGACACCGAGCGGCGCUUGGAAAAAUGAUGUCCGCCACCGCAACCGCAACCGCAACGGUGACCAACAUCGCCUCAGAAUUCCCGCGGCCAAUAUUCACCAAAGUUCCUGUUAAAGGCUAUUGCCAUAAUGCUCUGGUUUGUUUGAACUUUGGUGGCGUUGAAUUUGAUAAUGUACGAGAUGGGUUGUGUAGGAGGUCGUCAUUUUCUUAUAGCUUCCAUAAAAUUGGUUCCAGAUUUUUGUCGAAACCGACGUCCAUAGCUAGUUCAGGUUUGGAGGCAGCCAUCACGGAUUACAAAGGCAAUCCAAUAACGUUGAAAAAUGCUAAAGUAGUUGUAGAAUCUGAGGAGGAAAACAAGAUACAACUAAGAGUGGACUUGACUGGGGAUGAGACACAAAAGGUAUUUGAUCAGGUUUUGACAAACUUAGCCCGCUCAGCACCACCCAUGCCAGGAUUUCGUAAGCAAAAAGGAGGGAAAACAUCAAAUGUCCCAAAAAGCUUCCUCUUAGAAGUUCUUGGUAAGGACCGAGUCACGAAGUUCAUCAUACAAGAAAUAUUGAACUCAACUAUGGUAGAUUAUGCAAAGAAGGAAAACAUAAAUGUGAAGGACAAGAAGGUUAGCACAACACAAACAGCAGAUGAACUGAAAGUGUUGUUUAAUCCAGGAAAAGAGUUUGGUUUUAAUGCCAUACUUGAACUUGAAUCUGCUUCAGAUGCUGAAAGUUGAGCUUAAACAUGUCCCAUUUUUUCAAGUGAAGAUUUUGUCCCUUUAUUCUUCAAUGGGCCUCCUGGUGUCAAAAGCCUUGGAAAUUUUACUUGAAACUGAUGAAGGCUUAUGCAUAGUUGAAUAUCAAUACAUAUAUUGUAAACGUGAAAUGAACAGUUUGGAGUUUGUUCUGAUUAAUUUAUGUUAGAUUUUUAUUUUCUGUCUAA